AUGCCAGGAUUCAAAGUAUUGACUUCAAGAUUCUGUCACAAGCUAUCACAUUGGCCGCAAAGACAUGUCGGUCCAGACGAUAACCUGGCGACAUCGGAAGGGACUCGCAAUGCAAAGAGCUGUGAUCCGUCACAGUCCUGUUGUCUUGAAGGUGCGGCCAAGUUGCAGCUUCAAAGACUCGGACAUAACGUUGUUGUGUACACCCCUGUUCAGGAAAGAGCUUCUGUGGUCGUGAAUUACGGACACAAUCCCAAACCAGCUGCAGAUGUAGUGGACUAUAUCAAGUCUCUUGGGAGGGGAGAUGUCAUUGACGGGGGAAAGUUCCUUCUGAACGAAACCCUUAGAAUUUUCGGUAGGCUUGACAUCCUGAUCCUGAACGCAGGUAUUAUGGGAAGCAGAGCAUUACCGGAUGUCGAUGAGGCGUUCUUUGAUGCGCAUUUCGAUGCCAAUGUUAAAGUCCCGUUGUUCCUCGUCAAGGAGGCUGUGAAGCUGUUGCCAGCGCCAGGCGGAUGGAUCGUUUUCUUUUCAACAAGUCUGACCGCAGCCAGCUCAGUUUUACCGAAUGCGUUGUGCUAUGUUACGAGUAAAGGCGCAGUAGAACAGAUAGUGAGGGUGUUAUUGAAGGAUUUGGGUCAAAAGGGCAUAACUGUGAACACGAUAUCUCCUAGUCCAGUCGACAGUCCUCGGUUUAGAGAAGGAAAACCGCAGCACGUCAUUGACACGAUCGCGGCACAAAAUCCGAGCCACAGACUCGCCAACCCGGAGGACAUCGCACCCGUUAACUUGUAG